AUGGCGUCCAAAUGUACCAAGUUUCUUCCGAACAUUUUCAACAAAAGUAAAUGCCAGCACUGUUUUGCGGCCAAAGAAGCUCAUACUGCAGAAGCACUUGAAAACAAUAAGGCAUCUAGAAAAGUUUCCAAAUGUGGCUACUUAUUUAUAUCACCUGGAUAUGACUUCAGUAACCCGGUAGAUCGGACAAGGAGAUGGCAAAGAAGAUUCUUCAGGCUGUAUGAUGAUGGUGAGCUUUCAUAUAGUGUGGAUGAAAAUCCAGACACUGUUCCACAAGGGGUUGUAGAUAUGAAUAAAUGUACAGAUGUUCAGGAUGCAGAAGCCGUUACUUCACAUCAGUUUUCUUUGUCUGUAACCACCCCAGAAAUCACCCUCUAUGUCAAGGGCAACUCUAAAGAGGAAAUUCAGUGGUGGCAGGAUAUACUAGGAGAGUUUCCCAAAGCUCUGAAAGCCAUUAGACCAAGAAGAAAGCAACCUUUCCUUAUUCUCAGUAGCAAAGAGAAUCAGUUGACAUUGGACAUGCUAGAUGCCAAACAAGCAAAAUUUGAUAGUCGAAGUCGGAUUGAUGCUCCAGCUUUUGCCACCUUCAGAGGCGUACGCAGUCUUAAGCAUAAAUAUGAUUCACAUUAUCAAGAUGGACUUCGAAAGAGCAGCAGUCUUCAUGACCUAUCAACUGAAGAAAAGGUGACUGUUGGGCUUGAAUCCUCAAGAUUUUUAAGUAGGUCUGGAGAUAGGCUAGACUCAUUCACCAGAAGCAACACCAUGUCUCUGUCAGAAAUUAGCCCAGAUAAUCUACUCUCAGGCAUACCUGCUAAUUCCCCUUUCAGCAUCCCUCACAGCACGUGGACUCGCACUGGUCAGCCAAUCCCUCAGGCAUUCCUUUCUCCCAAAAAGCGCUUGUCUUCCUUACCCUCUGCAUUCACAGCUUCUUUGGCUACCUCAGGAAGCCCUUCAAGGUCUUCUGAUAACCCAAGCAGCAGAGAACUGUCCUCCAGCCUCAAAGAUUUCUCUACUACCUUCAGUCUGCCCAGUGAGAAUGAUGGUGAGAACAUGAACCAGCCUGGGCUGAAUGCUGAGGAGACAGAGGGUAAUGAAACGGAUGAACUGAAGAUGGCACGGAAUUCGGAACUGACCACUAGUAGAGUUUUUAGUCAUUCCUCUACCUCCGCCGCUGCUAACCUCCAGCCUGUGUCCAGCAAACGGCAGGCAAGUAUAGCUGAUUUAGUGUAUAUGAAAAAGGGCUGGCUUAUCAAACAGGCAGCAAAUGAGAAGGAAUCACGCAAACAUUGGUUUGUGCUUGCUGGCAAUUCUCUGAGAUACUACAAAGAUGCUAAAGCUGAAGAGUCCAACAUUCUUGAUGGCAGGAUUGACUUAUCUUCAUGUUAUGAAGUUUCAGAACUGCCCACACACCGCAACUAUGGUUUUAAAAUUAAGACUGGCAAUGGUGAGUACACUCUGGCAGCUAUGACACUGGGUAUUCGUGACAACUGGAUGAAGGCAAUACGCUUGUGUAUGGAACUACAUAGUACAGUCCCCAAAUGGAAGCUUGCAUCUUCUCCUGCUGGAACUGCUCACUCAACUAAAUCCCCUCCAAGGGCUUCUCUUGAUGAUCUGGAAUUUAAAUUAGGAGUAGCUGAAAGUUCUACUACAGCUGUGACAGGAGCUGGUGGGGAAACAGCAUUCCAGUUGGUGGGCCACAAGGAUCCGUACAGAAGAGAGAGUCAGAAACCCAUCAGGCGGCAUCACUCUGAUGUCAGCCCUGGCAACGUCAGCAAAAUGCUAAGUGUCAAAGAGUUUACUGCAGGCUUGGAGCCAGCUGGGUCUGCUGCUGUUUCUCCAGCAUCACCCAGUACAAGUAGCUCAUUGACUUCCAGUAGAGCUCAAAAUGUAAGUGCUGAUGUCACUUCCAGAGUUUCCAAGAAACCAAAGCAGCAUAGUCCUACAGGUGAAUAUUUAGUACGGCCUUCCCGGAAUAAUCCUGCAGAGAACAUGAGAGAUGGAACACCAAAGAUGAAGCGAUUUGUUGAGGGCAGUGAUAAUAUGCCCAUAGUGAGCAGCGGGGCUGCUGCACAAGGCCCAGAGCAAGCGAAAUCCAUUCCAAAACGUAGUGUCACCAGUGAAAGUACCAAAGAAGAGGUCAAAAGGGAGAUGAUGAGAAGAGCAAAAUCACCAAGUGCUAGAGUGAAGGAAAAGUCUCGAGCUGCAAAAUCUCCACGCAUGAACUCUGCAGAUGAAUCCUUCAGCUAUCACUCAGGGAGUGCCACAGCUUCAGAGUCUGACACCAUUGAUGGUUCUAGCUACAGAGACCUGCCCAUGUCAGAGGAUGAAUUUACAGUCCCAGAAGAUACAGACCUAGAUGAGGUUGGUAGUGCUACCGCAUCCGACAUUGUAGGCAGUGAUGGUGCUCUUGUUGAGAUUUUGGAAACUGAGGUGGAAUCUUUAAAAGACAGGCUAGAACAUACACAAACCGAACUGGAUAAAAUGCACAAGGACAACAUGGAUCUGAAAUCUCGUCUGCACAAAGAAACCUCUCAGAGCUUAGACAGUGGCUACAGUACAACUGGUCGUUGGGGGGUGCAGAACCCAAGUCAGAAUGAUGCAGCUAGUGGCGGUCCCUGGAAUCAAGGUUCUGCUCAGACUGAGACUUUGAAGCGCCAGCUGAAGGAGGCUAGAGACACAGUGCAGAAACAAAAGCUGGAUAUUGAGAAUCUAAAGAGCAAGCUAGAUAUGUCAAUCUCCAAACUAACUGGCACAGAGAAAGCUUUGUCUGAGGCUCUGAGAGACUAUAAGCUGGAGAAGGACAAGUUCUUAAAAUUGAGUUCAGAAUGGAAUCGUCGCAUCCGUUCCAUGGAAGGCCAGUCAAAAGACAGCAUUCACAAAUUAGAGAUGAGUCGAGAAACUCUGCAACUGAAGGAGCGUGAGUGUCGAAGGCUGGAAGCAGAAAUGAAGAACAACCAGCAACGUCUGAGGGAUCAGGAGAGGGAAAUCCUCAAACUGAAGGCAGUAGAACAUGAAUACAACCAGUUGAAGGAGAAGCUGGAUGACAGAGAACAUGAGUUGUCCAGCCUCAAGUCUGAAAUGAAAGAGAAAGAUCACCUUAUUAAAAAACUGAAAGAAGAUUACGAGCGACAGCUGGAGGAUCUUGACCGCGAGUACACACAGGAAAGAGAUGAUUUUGAGAACCACGUGGAACAGCUGAAGUCACAGCUGUUCUCAGCUCACGAUAGACAGGUUUCCCUCACAGAUAAUAUGACCUCUGACCUGGCUACAAUGUUGAAAGAGAAGGAUGAUAUCAUAGCACAGUUAGAGGAGAAGGUCAUUGAAGCUGACAAAAAGCUUGUGGAGUUGUCCAAUGAGUUGCACUUAGAGAUGGGUGAAAAUGCUGAUCUGGCUCACACCAUCGAGAUGUUGCAAAAUGAAAAACUCCAACUGAUUGCCACAGCUGAAGAAUUUGAAAACCAGCUGAUGUCCCUGAAGACAACGGUUUCUGGCCUUGAGUCUGACAACUUUGCUCUUCGGAAACAAAUGGAGGAGCUUCGCAAAAGCAACAAGCUUUUAUCCGAUAGUCUGAAUGCUGUGAAAAUUGGUAAAGAUGUUGGGGCAGCACCAGUGGCGCGCAGUGAUGAUGAUAGAGAGAGACUCAACAAGACUAUCUUGGAGUUGAACAAACAGAUCAAAGACUUGCAGGUACAACUAGACAAGGCUGAAGGUGGAGUUCACAAAAAGAGCACUGUGGGGAAUGGUGAGUUCCAACAAGAUCUCCUUCACACCAUUCUUAUGGUCGACUCAGACCUGAAGGAAGUGAACAUCAUGUUACAGCAACUGCGCCACAACUUUGACAAUUACAUUGGUUCACUGGAUGAAGAGAACCAGGAUAUGGCCAUCAAGCUGGCAGAUCUUGUGGAGGACAUUGGACAGAGAUGUCAUGCCAUACAAGAUAAGCUGCAUGAAGCACCUGAAGUGAGCAUGUCUCCCAGUGAGUCUGAAUUCAGGCAUGAGAUCACAGUCAGUGCAGAUUCUAACAGCAACACCGUCAUGGAAGAAUACAAAAGUUUGAAGGUAAAAUUUGAUCGUGCUGUGGCUGAACUUAAACAAGCAAAAAAGGCUCUUAAAGACAUGAACAGUGUUGAAGACUCUGUCAGAAUUGAAAACCUCAAGUUAAAAGAUAAACUGACCACUUUGGAAGGCUCCUGUAAGCAGCAGAUUAUUGAGUUGGUGGCCCGAGUAGAUGAACUUAGUGCUAAACUUAGCGGCAGUCAGCCUGGUUAUAUACAAGAGAGAUUGUUAUCUUCAUUGUCUGACAGUUUGCUUGAUACUGUUAAAGAAACUGAGAAACAGCUUAUUGAACUUGGGAAGAAGAUUUCAUUACUGGAGCAACAAGCUACAAACCAACAGCCAUCCAACAUAGUUUCUUCUUCAAGAGCAGCCACUGAUCCAGGCAGCACGUUGGUUAAACUACAGGACAUUAAAAACCAGUUAGAAGAUACAAGUUUGAAAAUAACUAACCUCCUCCAUUCACUCCCCCAGUCCCCUGGUUUGAUAACCAGUUCUGCACUGCAAGCUAAAGUGAAAUCAUACAAGAAUAAAGUAGAAUCUCUCAUCACCAAAACACAGCUGUCAGAUAGUCACCCGUACACUGCACAUGAAAACACCAGUCAGAUAUCUGUUGAUGCUGCAGCAGCAGGUUUCAGUGACUAUCUCCAGGAGAUACGCAGACGAGUGUUGGAGAUUGGAGAGCAGCUUGAUUCUUUAGAUGAGGACGAUGAAGAUUCAGAUGAUGAGGAUGAAGGAGAACAGACAACUGUUGAAGAGAUUCGGGGAAAACUGGCUGAAUUAACUGAGUCUAUAGAACAGCAUUCCAGCUUAACCACUUCUGACUGGGCUUUGCUAAGACUGAUGAGUCUGCAGAAAGCUAGUGUCAAAGCUGCACAUGAGUGUGUGGAGUCUGUUCAAGAGGACAGUGUCACUGAUGAAGACAAGUUGAAGUUGUAUGCUGACAAACUGUCACUGGAAGCUGUGAUUUUAUCAGAAAUGGCUAGUAUUCUUCAAACAAGAAACUUCCUGCUGCCAGAAGAUAUAUUGAGUAGAGAAAUUGAUUCUCUCAACAGUAAAAUUCUUCGUCUUCAUCAGUGCCUGGACAGUGAGAUCAAAACUAUGCACUUUGACGAUCCACAGGCUGACCUUCUAUCAUCUUAUGUUGAGCUGAUGGCUGAGAAGCUACUGGUAAAUGGCCAUUUGUGUAGUGCUACUUCUGAAAAGACACACAUUGUCAUCGAUUCUUCUUCAUCCUUACAACCAGUGUUGCUAGCAACAGAAACCCUGGUACGAUCUCAGAUCGAUUCAUUCAUCAGUAACAACAUGGACAGAACUGCCAAUGAAAUCCUGACUCUUCCGACCCACCUGACAGCAAGGACUAUAGUUCAGGGAGAGUUGACCUACUGUUUGAAUCAGCUCAAAAGUAAGCUGGAGUUGAAUCCAGAGGUACUGACACCAGGGCCUGCAAACUAUCAGUUCAUGUUUGACAGGUUGACACACAGGCAAAGAACAGUUUUGGAUACUUUAGAAUGUUACUGCAGUCAAAUCAUUCAUUCUUUAGCUGUGAUUAUUUUCAAAGAAAGUGAGGAAAUGACAAUUGUUGAGGGGCCAGAGAGUGUUCUUGAGGCCAUGUGCUCAGAAAUAUCUACUGUCAUAGAAAAGCACAUACAGAAUUAUAAGGAGAAGUAUCGUACAGCAAUGGAUACUCAUUCUGCUCGGAAAUAUGAUAUCAUUGUUGAUGAGUUGCGUAGUUCCAGAGAAGCUGUUCUUUCCCAGAUCAAAGCUCAGCAUGAGACUUACGCGAAAGAUCCAGCAUCUGCUAGAGACUCAAGUCUGGACAUUCCAGUGCAGUCACUGGACAGUACUAUUAAUAACUUUGGAGAGAUUAUAGCUCUGAAAUCAGUUGUGGUUGCAACUACAAAUUUCCUUGCAGAACUGCUGAAAAUGGGAAGUGCUGUGUUAACAGAUCUAACCCUGGAUCAGGAUAUGUCGAGUGAGGAUGGAAGUGGUUUAGAGAAAGGUGUUUCCAACUUUGUCAGUGCUUUGUCUAAUGCUUUGCAUAGUGAGGCUGUGUCAAAAGAGCGCUUGGCAAGGAAAAUGAGUGCAGACCAUUGUGGUAAUGAAGAUAGUCAGCAGUUGUCAGACAGCAUUGAAAGCAUUGUGCUUCAUGUUCCCAACCUGUCUCAUCACACCAGCCAUCUGCCGGGACGAAUGGAAGUCAUCAUUAGAGAAGCUGUCCUUAACGCACAGCUGACUUUCUCAUUGUUCAAACAGAAACUAUUACAUGAUCAUGAAGUUAGCCACCUGAAAGCCAGACGCCCAGUCAGAACACGGCCAGAGUUGAGUGCUGAGGAAAGCAGGGACUCGGAUGAUACAUUAGAUUUACAAACAGAUUUUCAGGUUUUGCUUGUGCCGAUGGAGGAGGUUCUAGAAAGCAAACAUGAUGAUGAGGUAGAGGUGCUGCAGGUUAUACUAGGCCUCAUUUCACAGAUGAAAGCCACUUUAGAAGCUAAAGGAAAGGACCAGUCAUUGUUAGAUGACCAGUUGAGGCAACUGGAGCAGAAGUUGCAGCAUGAGGUUGAGUUGGCUCAGCAGAGACAUGAAACACAGCUGGAAGUUUUUAAACAGGAAUCUGGCAAGCUGGUGAAGAUUCUUGAGGAGCAGCAGCAGGAUAGAGAUCACUAUGAGGAUAGAUGUGCCCAGUUGGAGGAUGAGCUGACAACACUACAGCUUCAACACGAGGAAGAGAAGGAUCGAGUCAAGCAAGAUAUUCUCACUGCUGUUCAUGCCAUUCGCAGCAAUGAUGAGAAGAGUGAAAUGCAUCUUAUUGAGAAGGCAACAAAACUGAGCAAAGAGUUGGUGAUGCAGAAACUGAAUUGGAAGAAAACCCUUGGAAUGAUCAAGAAGGAGGUCUCUAGCAAAGAUAAAAGCUCACUUGUUCAACUCCUCGAGGACCACAUAAGUGCUAUCUCUUUGUCAGCAGACGAUGAGACUGAUGAUUAUCAUCCACCACUACCGGUCCAGCCGCCCCCAGAUUUGCCUGAUGGGAAGGAAAGUGCAGUAGUACUACAUUCAGCAGAUAUUAAACAGCCUGCCAAGACACACAUGGAUCAGGUGGAACAACUUAGAAAAGAGAAAGAAGAAGCUCUGGCUGAGGAAAUGAGAAACACCAAAGCAGCUCUUGAUGCUGUUAGAACUGCUUAUGAAGAAGAGCUGACAAAAGAGAAGGCUAAAUAUAAGGAGGCUUUGAUGACCAUGUAUACUGAGGAGUAUGUCAAUGAAAUUAGGCUCCGGAAUCAAGAGGAGGAACAGAGAAUGACAGAAGAGCUGCAGAAGCUGAACAUGCACUACACCAGUAAGUGUGAGGACUAUAAACUGUUGGAGAUGAAGCUGCAGCAGAUCAAGCAAGACUAUGAAAGCCACAUUAGUCAACUCAGCUCCAG